AUUUUGUGUUAUUAGCUUAUUUUGUAACUAUUAAGACUCAAGGUAUCACCUACGAUACCUAACCUAAAAUACGCGCUGCAAAUGUUAUUUACAUUUUAUUUUAAAUUCAGAACAUGAUAAAUAAUUCACUCACAUAUUUUUGUCAUCUACAACGGAAAAAUAAUAAUUUUAAUUGAUCUACUUACUUGUGUUUUCGUUAAACGCCAUUUUGGUACACAAAGCACGUGCUACUGCGACAUUCACUUGCUCGCUUUACAAAGCAAAUAACCAGAAUUCAAGUUACAGCCUGCAAACUGGACUCGCGCGAGUGUAUCGUAUAUGAUACGCUCGGAACUGAUCGCGACUUAAAACUAUUUGGAUAAAUAUGCAGCAAAUAACUGAGGUAUCACCAGUGAUACCCAGGAACCGAGGAGGCUCCGUUUUGUUUACUUUUCCUAUCAAGAGUAUGUACUUGGAUGUUUAUAGUAGCGUUGCACGUAAAAAGAAUGAAGAAUCAACAAUCCUUAGCUUGCUAUUCAGCCCACCCGCUAUAAACAUUCAAUCAUCCAGUUUCUUGAAUGGAGGCUCAACAUUCCAAGAAACCAAGUUGGGAUGUAAAGACGGACUUUUUAGGCAGUUUUAA